GAUACAGGUGUCUCAGUGUCUCAGUUCCAGCGAUGAAGUUCGAUCUGUGGAUUAUAUCUGUUCUGGUCUUUGGAGUUGCUACGCUCCUCCUUCCUCCGGGGAUUAAUGCCGGGGUCACCGAGGAGCAGAUGAGAUCGGCCGGAAAGUUAAUGCGCGAUGUCUGUUUGCCAAAGUUCCCGAAGAUCACCCAGGAUGUGGCCGAUGGCAUCCAGAAUGGCAACAUACCCAACAGCAAGGACACCAAUUGCUACAUCAACUGUAUCCUGGAGAUGAUGCAGGCGAUCAAAAAGGGAAAGUUCCAACUGGAACAGACCCUGAAGCAAAUGGACAUCAUGCUGCCGGACAACUACAAGGACGAGUACAAGAAGGGCAUCCAGCUCUGCAAGGACGCCACAGUGGGUCUGAAGAAUGCCCCCAACUGUGAUCCUGCCCACGCCCUGCUCACUUGCCUGAAGAACAACAUCAGUGUGUUUUUGUUUCCCUAAGGACAAGGACAUCCAGGACAUCCUGAACAUAUUUUUUUUUCAACACUUUCUUAACCCUCGAGAGUCAAAAUAAAAGUUAAAAAAAAGCA